AUGGAUUUUAAAAAAAAGAACAAUACAACCAAGAAUACUUUUCCUACUACUUGUUCUUACCUUAACAAGAAAAAAGAACAAUACAACCAAGAAUACUUUUUCUUCUUACUUGUCCUUAUUCCAACAAGAAAAAAAGACAAUACUGGUAUCUAA